GUCUGCGUGUGAAUGAGCGGACCGCAGUGACUCCGGGCAUCGGCAUCGAGUCCGAGGGCAACGACGAACAGCAAACAGCACGUUACAGGAGGAUGUGAAAGAGACUGACUAGCUGUUCCGAACAUUUAAUUCCAGCCCUUAAAACUGAGCAACAAGCCAUCAAACAGUGAAAAACAAUGACGGUCAUAAACACACCACAGGACAGGUACAAUGCCGUAUGGCUUAUAUUUUUCAUUCUGGGGCUGGGAACUCUCCUACCAUGGAACUUCUUCAUGACUGCCACAAUGUACUUUACCAGUCGGCUCAGGGAGCCUCUCACAAAUGCAACUGGACAGAUCUUUGCAGCAAAUGACACAGUAGGUGACACACGUAGUGUCCUGGAGUCCAAGUUUAAUAAUGUGAUGACCUUGUGUGCCAUGGUGCCACUGCUUAUCUUCACUUGCCUUAAUUCCCUUCUUCAUCAAAGGGUCCCUCAGAAGUGGAGGAUAUCUGGCAGUCUUGCUGUUAUCUUUGUGGUGUUUCUGAUUACUGCAAUUUUGGUCAAGGUGGACAUGUCACCUUUGCCCUUUUUUGUCUUCACCAUGAUUAAAAUCAUCUGCAUAAACUCAUUUGGUGCAAUUCUGCAAGGAAGUCUCUUUGGCCUGGCAGGAUUGCUUCCAGCCUCUUAUACCACCCCCAUCAUGAGCGGCCAGGGGCUCGCCGGAACAUUCGCUGCAUUUUCUAUGAUCUGCGCAAUUGCUUCUGGCUCAGAGCUGCAGGACAGCGCCUUUGGCUACUUUAUCACUGCCUGUGUUGUUAUUCUCCUGGCCAUUGUUUCUUAUUUUGCCCUGCCAAAAAUGGAAUUUUUCCAGUAUUACUCAGACACCAGUAACUCCCAGCCUGGCAGUGAUGAGGAAAACAAGAUGGAUCUGUUGAAUAAAGAAAAUCCUGGAGAAAGCAAGCCUGGUGUGAGCCUGAAUAAUGAAGAGACCACGCCGACGAUCUCAAUAGUUGCUAUUUUUAAAAAGAUCUGGGUGAUGGCCCUCUCUGUCUGCUUUGUUUUCACCAUCACUAUUGGUACAUUCCCUGCUGUGACUGUGGAUGUUAAAUCCUCUGUGGCCGACAAGGGUGCAUGGGAAAAAUACUUCAUCCCUGUGUCCUGUUUCCUGCUUUUUAACUUGAUGGACUGGGCUGGACGAAGCUUAACUGCAGUGUGUAUGUGGCCUGGUAAAGACAGCAACCUGCUGCCUAUGCUGGUGGUGGCACGUGUGGUGUUUGUCCCUCUGUUUGUGCUGUGUAAUGUGCAGCCCAGGAAUUACUUGCCUGUUAUGUUUGAACAUGACGCCUGGUACAUCAUCUUCAUGAUCUUCUUUUCCUUCAGCAAUGGCUACCUGGCCAGCUUGUGCAUGUGUUUCGGACCCAAGAAAGUGGGCCAGCAUGAAGCUGAGACUGCUGGAGCAAUCAUGGCUUUUUUCCUGUCCCUGGGCCUGGCACUGGGAGCUGGACUAUCCUUCGGAUUCCGUGCCAUGAUCUAGAUUCAUGUUUUUUCUUAGCGUAACUUCCGAUGGAGGGAAGAAACAUUGCCAAACUGCUAGAAAGUGUCAUUAAAAACUGGAUAUUUUCUUCAAAGCCAUAAAACCCAAAAGACAUUUUGCUUUGUUUAAAAAGAGACCAGCAUUUUAAAACCUACUUUAAAGUAGCACAGUUAUAGAUCAAUCAUUCGAGAGCUGUUUUACGAACAAAAGUGUGUAUUUUCAGUUAGUAUUAUUGGUAAUGGAAUUGCUUGUUUAUUGACUGAUAUAUUAUGUAGUGACUUUUACACAUUGUUUUCUACAUGGAUUAUGGUAAACACUGCUAGAACAGUGUGACAGAUGGCAUGUUUUUUUCCCAUAACUGCAAAUGGCCUUUUGAUAGUAUUUAAUUGUUUUAAUAGACUUUUGUUUACUUUAAAAAAAAAAAAAUACAUGUAUUUUUAAAUGUGUUUCUAUCGAUUGUGUAACUUAGUUUUGUCAUCAUUGUAUUACAACUUCAAUAGCUUUUAUUCAAGUUAUUUUAAAAUUAUUCAUUUUAUUACUAGUUCAUUUUAACAAUUUAGUUUUUAUAGUUCUUGUUUGUUUUUGCCAGUAGUGAAAAUGAGUGUCAUGUGCUGCUUCUGUGGCUCUUGGCCAGUAUAUUUUAAAAAAAUAUCUGAACUGAAA